AUGACAGGAAUGCCUGGUCACGGUAAAGCAGCGAUCUAGGGGGGUUAAGUAUUUAGCCGACGCAUACAGUUAUCGGAUGGAAUACAAAUUCGAGCUGUAAUGUAACUUUAUCAAGUAGGCUAUGUCUUAUUUCGUGUGCAAUAUUCCAUGUAUUUGAAAAUAGACUGAGACGAGGAUAAAAAAAAAAGAAAAGGCAACACCGUCUCCCCUCAGUGGUAAGUGGUACAUUCCUAUUGCCGCUUUUCUCUCUCGGACUAUGCCACAUCUCGCUGUUCAGAGAGAUACACGGGCAGCCUUGUGACAUCGCUCUUUCCCAGCCAGAGCAGCCUUUUCCGGUUAACAGAACUCGACAGCGUUGUCAAAAUAAGAAGUUACGGUUGCGAAACGACCUUCCGUGUUGUUGGAACGAAGAUGGACACGAUGUCUUUUGCGAACCUGCUAUGACUGCGUCUGGCGUUCAGAGUCAGGGCUGGCAGGCAGAGGCGAAGAGGGAGAGGCGUGAUUUAUUUUGCUAAGAGGACGGGUUAACCGUUGUUUGUUUGAUUUCUCAAAGGCGUCAUUGUCCUCCGUAACUCCGUUGUCGUUGCAUCCGAUAGAGAUAGCACGCAGGAUGCUUCUCAGAAGAAUCUGCUUUGGUUUACUCUUGUAUCAAUAGCAGGCCUGCCACUACAAGGAAGACGCAUUUCGGCUCUCUCCACCUGUGGGCUUCAACGUAAACUGACAAUUUAACUCCUGGAGGGCUGUCAUUAAAUAAAUAGUCACCUUCAGGAUUGUAUGAGACACCUUAUAGUUCGAGUUGGGUGACAUCUCUUUGGCAGCCUUUAUAAUAACGUUUGAUUGACAUCAUCAUCAGGGCAGACAUGUUGGACUCCAAGCUUAAAGAUUCAUGCCGGAUUUGUGCACGGGAGCUGUGUGGUAACCAUCGGCGAUGGAUCUUUCAUCCAGCGGCCAAACUCAGUCUGCAGACACUGCUGUCACAUGCUCUGUGUCAAGAGGUGACACGGGAUGGCCGUGGCGAGUUUGCCUGUGGAAAGUGUGCCUUUGUGCUGGAACGCAUGUACCGCUUCGACACAGUGAUCGCCCGAGUGGAGGCACUGUCCAUUGAACGGAUGCAGAAACUUCUGCUGGAGAAAGAACGUUUGCGACAGGGUGUUGGUGCUUUGUACUGGAAAAACAACACCUCAGUGGAGGAUCCUAGUGCUGACAGUGGGGUGAAAACUGAGGCGUUGGGAGAUGGAGGAGGCAUAAUGGACAUCUCUACCCUGAGCGACAUAAGCUAUGGCGCCCUCCUUCAGGAGGAUCUCACCUUUUCUGUGUUUGAGUCUUGGGCUGAACAGGAAAGUACGCUGGACUACAACUCCCAGCAGUCUUUGCACACGCAGCAGCACCACCAUCAUCCUCAUCAUCCUCACUCCAGGAAGUGCCGUGGUUGUGCUACCCUCCGUGUGGCGGACUCGGACUAUGAGGCGGUGUGCAAGCUGCCCCGGAGGUUACGCAGCACUUCCUGUGGCCCGCCCACUCGAUGCUCAGGUAGUGCAGAAGAGGCACCCCAGCCUGAACCGUCUCCCCUGCCCGUGAACGAGGGAGAAGAGCAGGGUGGGGGAGCAGAGAGGAUGAGCCCGAGUCCAGCCACGUCUGUGGAGUCACUUGAGACACUCCCUCAAGAAGGAGGGCCAACUACGGACCGGUCUACUCAGCCUCCAGAGGGUAGACCAGAGGAGGAGGUGGUCGGAGUGGAAAGGUCCAACUCGCCACAGGAGAUGACGGCCUGCGUGCCUGAACCGGACACAGGUGGUGCGUGUGUGUCUGGACUCGACUCUGGUGGCAUGUAUGCGUCUGGAUUGGAGCUGGCUCUGUCUCUGGCACGGAGUCUCCAGUACCGGCCCGUUCAGACCCGAAGAGGCAGCCGUCUGCCUGUUAGGGUCAAAUUUGGGUCACCCUACAGUGGGGCUGCAGACUGUCCUCUUUCCCCUCUACUGCUUCUAGAGGGAAGGUGCACCAGCAGCAGACAGGGGGAGCUGCAGCAUGAACUGGCUGAGAUGGAUGAGCUUUGGCUGGAUGAGUUCACAUCCUGCAGGCCUUUACACGUCCAGGAGAAGCUGAUCACGGAGCAGCAGACACAGCUGGGCGACUAUGAGCGUGCAGCAGGGCAGUGUGUGUGUGAGCUGCAGAAGGCCCAGCAGCAGGUGUGCUCCCUACAGGCCAACAUCAGAGAGAGCGAGGCCAAUAACAAGAAACUACAGAGGAGGCUUGCUGAGAUGGAGAUCGAGCUCCGUGCGGUGAGAGAGGUGGCUCAGGGGCAGGAGAGCACCAUCGGCACCCUCUCCGACUCCCUCUCCACCACACGGGCUCAGGUGUCAGAUCUGCAAAGAGUGAACAAGGAACAGAAGGAGAUGCUACUGUCACUGAAAUCUAAGUGCCACAAGCAGCAACGCACAAAGGGUGAUGCGUUGGCGGUGGAGGCCACUCUUUUCUCCACCCAGCUGGAGCUGCAGGAAUGCCAGCGGACACAAAGCCACAUCCUCCGACAGGAGGAGGACCUCACCCGCGCCAAUCAGCGUCUCCAUGACGACCUGCAGAGGGCACUCAAACACCGGCAGGAGACCGAGACACAUAACCUGGAUCUGCUCAGUGCACUUCAGAAGGCUCGCAGUGAGCUCCAGCAGUUGGAGGAGGAGAUGAGAGAGAAGGAGGGAGGAAGAGGGACAGAGGUGGAGGAGAGAGAGAAGACCAUCAGACAGCUGAGGAACUUGCUGCAGAACAAGGAGAAGCUGCUGGAGGACUACAGCGAUCUGUUGGACAGUGCUGGACAGAGAGGCUCUGGGGAGAGGAGUCGUGACUGUGUGAUCACCAAACUUAAGCAACGCAUCCAGGAGAGAGACCGUGCCCUGGAGCGUGCGGUGGACGAGAAGUUUGUGUCCGUGGAGCAGAGGGAGCUGGAGGUGCGUAAGCUGCUACUGCAGCUCAGGGAGAAGGAGAGGGACCUGGAAAAGCUACUCUGUGUGUGUGCCAACAAUGAGGAGACCAUCACCAGUCUCGAGGCACUGCUGCGUGGGAAAGGCCUGGAGCUGGAGCAGGUGUGUGAGGCGUUGCGGAAUGCUCAGUGUGUGCACCAGGACUCUGGGGAGCGACACACACUCGGCCUGCGAGAGAGAGACACGCUCAUUAGUCAGCUACAGAGCUCCCUGCACACACACGCCAAGGAGAAUGAGACCUUGACCUCCAAUCUGCUCAGCAAGCUGUGCGUGAGCCCGGCUGCUAUGGUGGAAGAGCUGAAGACCCGCUUGUCUCUGAAGGAGAAGCUAAUCCAGGACCUGCUGCGAGACCGCAGCCAUCAGGCACAGGAGCACCAGGCACAGGUCCAGGACCUGAUCAACACCAUCAGCAGCAGGGACCAGUACAUCCAGGAUGCAGCUGGACGUGUUGGCGUGGUGAUGUGUGAGCAGACGGCUCGUGUGCAGGAGCUGCGCAGGCAGCUAGUGUGUGAGCAGACAAAGGAAAACAUCGCAGAUGCAGCUGCUCACACAGACACACAGGCUCUUCAGGAGGAGCUGAGAUUGACUCUGCACCGAGAAAGGGAGGCUCAGCAGGAGCUGUCCGCCCUCAGAGCCAGUCUCGCGGGGCAACAGAACCAACUCCAUGCCCAGGCUUCAAUGAUGGAGGCCCAAGCACAAGCCCAAUUCAAGGAUCUUGACCACCAGGGUGCUGCCAUGGAAACGGAGCAGACCAGCCAAUCCCAGGCUGAGUUUGCAGAACUCUUCUCAGAGCUCGAUGAUGGGGACUAUGAUGAUGAGGAGGAGGAAGACUUUGGUAGUGAGUUUGCUUAUAGCAUCGACGAAGAGGAGAACUCAAGACUAACUGCAGAGAGCCUGGCUGCCAUGCCGCAGGGCAGUGGAGGACUGCAGCUGUCCCAGGAUGCCGCAGUGGAGGAGGUGAAGCAGCUGGUGGAGCAGAAGCGAGCGGUGGAGAGAGAACUGAUGGAGCUACGCAGUCAGCUGGAGAAGAGUGGAUACUCCUCUCUCUCUCACAUGAGGAGAGCGCUGUCCAGCUUGCAGGCAGAGAACCAGCAGCUCAGAGCUCUUCUGCUCGGCCAAGCAGAUGAGCAGAGGCCAGACGACGGGGACAAGACCUCAGAGACCCCACCAUCCCUUCUCAAGCACUGUGCCACCACAGGGACCCAGCUGCGCUCCACAGAGGGCAAAAUAUCCUGCCCACGCCCACGCCCUCAGUCUCUCGACCUCAAGGCCCCGCUGUCUCACUCUGUACAGACUGAGGAGUGGGAUGUGUGUGUGCCUGAGAGCCCUGAGGAGGAGGCUCUGAGGAGCGACCUGCAGCAGGUGCAGCAGCAGAGCAAAGACCUGCAUGAGAGACUCAUGGUGUCGGAGGCCACAGUGCAGGCCCAGGCCGAGCAGCUCAAGGACUACAGAGAACUCCUCACUGAGAGUGCGGUGGUGCAGCAGGACAGUAAGCAGGUGCAGGUGGAUCUGCAAGAUCUGGGUUAUGAGACAUGUGGCCGCAGUGAGAAUGAGGCCGAGAGAGAUGACACCAGCAGCCCAGAGUUCGACGAUCUGGAGAUGUGCACCUCCCUCUCCCGGCUCGACGGCACUACCUCGGCCUCCCUCUGGUGGUCCGGCGGUGCCUCCGCCUCAGCCUCAGCCUCCGCCUCCAUCUCUGCCCCAACCUCAGCCUCCGCCACAGCCUCAGUGUCGGUCUCAACCGCCAGGGAUUGUGGGAGAGGCGAGGGCGACGUGGGGCGUCUGCAGCGGCUGGUGGAGGAGCUGCGCGGGCAGCUGGAGCGCGCUCAGACGGUAAUCCGCAGCCUGCAGGCACGUCUGCGCGACCUCACGCCAGCCGGGACCCCGCGCAAGGUCAGCUGGUCGGCGUUCGCCGUCGGCGGGACAGACGAGGACGAGGGCUGGCAGUCGUCAUCGGAUGCCGGUGGCACACCGGCCGGGCAACAGGGCCACGACCGGGAACUGCGCGACCUGGUGUGCCGCGUGUCCUCACUGGAGGAGCAACUGAGGCCGAAGAGCAAAGCUCACGUUGAUGCUGGCAAAGCCGUCAGUUCUCCAGGGCGUUUUGACUCGCUGAUCCAGGCGCAGGCUCGCGAGUUGUGUGUGUUGCGUCAGCGCACUCGCGAGGGCAGCAGCGUGUGCCAGCUGUUGACGCAGCACCUGGCCGACACCACUAAGGCCUUCGAGGAGCUGCUGCGGGCCAACGACGUGGACUACUACAUGGGCCAGACCUUCAGGGAGCAGCUCUCCCAGAGCAGCAGCCUGGCCCUGCGCCUCAGUUCCUCCAUCAGUGGACGAGAUCCCACUGACCUGCCUAAUGACAAUGACAAGACCGAACUACUGGCAAUACGGCUGAGCAAGGAGCUUCAGCAGAAGGACAAACUCAUCGAGUCACUGCGCUCCAAGUUGGAACAGUCCCGACCGGACACGCCCGUCAGCAACCACGCCCUCUCGGAGGGGACCGACCAAUCAGACAGAAUCUCCUUUGUGUCGGAUGAGCCAGGCUCCACCAAUGAGGAUCUGGAGUUGGGUUCUGAUGUGGACACACCCAGCGAGUUUGGUCACGAGGAGAGAUCUACCGCAGGCUCUCUCAAUCACAGAAAUGUUCCACAACAUCCCUGCAUCCCUCCCUCCAUCUCUUCAUCACACCAGUCCUCCAGGAGCUGUCCUAGCAUGCAUUGCACCCCACAGAGGCCCAUGGACAGUCGGCCCCAGACAGGCCCUCUAGCUGGACUCGUGCCUGAGUCCCCCUCUCUCGCUGCCCCUUUCCUCCCCUCUGCCCUCUCCACCCAGCCCCCCCUCCUGCGGGCCCGUUACCAGGAUAGCAGGGGCUUCUCCCUGGCCGCUGUGCAGCAGGAGCUACACAUGCUGCAGAGGCAGCUGGCCAGCAAUGAGCGCGCUGGUCUCAUGGGGUCUACCAUCAAGCCCCAUCCAGGCUUCCCAUUCGCCACGCCACCCCAACCCGACCCCAGCCGGUUCCUCCCACUGUCCCAUCCUGCUCUUCAUCAGUCGCCCCUGGCUGGGGUAAAUGCCAGCCCGGGGGCUGGCCUGCUGGAGAGCAGUGCAUUGUGGGAUAUGACCUAUGGGGCUCGACCAGUUAGAGCAGCCGCUCAUGGGGAUGUGUCUUCAGGAUCAUCAGGGUACCAGUCAGGCACCAGCCAUGCAGGCACAGAGCUGAUGGAGGAACACCUGAGGGAGAUCCGUUGCUUACGGCGACGUCUGGAGGACUCCAUUCAGACCAACGACCGUCUGAGACAGCAGUUGGAAGAGAGACUGGCCUCAAUGGGUAGAGAAGGAGGAGCAGCCCCCACCAACAUCUACAUUCAGGGUCUGGAUUCUGUCAGUCAGCUGUCUAAUCAGAUUAGAACUCUGAAAGAGGAGAACCAUAUCCUGCAGUCACGACUCGACCAGGCUUCCAGAGAGGGCAACAGAGAGGCGGAGCUGCUACGCGAGUCGUUGGCAAGUGGGCGGGGUCGUCUGAAGGAGGCGGAGACGGAGAUGGAGAGGUGGGCGGAGCAGUGCCAGCGUCUGCAGGUGCAGGCAAGAGAGCAUGCGCAGACAAUACAGGAGCUCAAGCAAGAGAGACAGAGCCACCAGGAGGACACCGGCAGAAUGCAGCACGAGGUGAAUGUGCUUCAGCAGCAGCUACGUGAAAGCAGGCUUCUGGUGGUGUCUCUGCAGAAUCAGAUUCAGACCUACCAGAGAGCACAUGCCUCUUCCCAACAUCCACACCUGGCAGGUCAGGUGGAGGGCUCCUACAGUAGGCCCUUUGACCUGCAUGACCUGCAGCCAGACAUGCACAGCCUGCAUGCACAGCUGGAGCAGCAGCUGCAGACACAGCCUCCAGCCAGGAAACAGCUCUUCCAUGACCCCUCUUCUUCUCCACCUGUUAGGGACAUUGGGUCUCUUAGUCCUUCUUCUCCUCCUGCAGAGCCACAGACUGUAGCCAACGUGAAACUUGCCGCUCCUCUGGAGGUUGGCUCCCCUGGCAGUGCCCUCCCUACCCCAGCAGGGCAGCACGUGGUCGGGCACACGGAUGACUACAGCUCCCUCCGGCAGCAGCUCCUGGAGGGCAAGGUCCUCAUCAGCAAGAUGGAGGCCAUGCUUCAGUCCUCCGGCCAGCACAAACUCCAGCAGGGUUCUGUGAGGAGUCUGCUGACAGGCACCAGAUCCCUUAAGAAGAUUCUGGAGGAGGCAGGCUCUCUGCUCAGAGGGUUUUGGAAAGAAACGCUACCCAAUGAAACAUUCAGCCAACAGAGCACAAAGGAUGAAGAGAUUACUGAUCUGAAGAAGAAGCUUGAGGAGCAGCAGCAGGCUCUGAAGGAGGCCUUGGAGAACCUGAGGGCCUCCAAUCAGACCAGAGAGGGCAUGGAGAACUUCAUCACUAGCCAAUUAUCACGAACACGAGAUGUACUGAAGAAAGCACGGUCAAAUUUGGAGAAGAAUGAGCUCAAGCUUUCUUCCUUAAGCUGCUCCUCCUCCUCUUCCCCUCCCUUCUAUCCCUCUUUUUCCACACUUCCCCGACCUUCCAAAGGUCAAAUCCCAGACUCCCCCCGCGAGCGGCCCCGCGCUCCUGGUUGGGGUUUCGUGACCCCCCAGAUUCAAGAGAGGCCCCAAGGGACAUCCUUCCCUUAUGUGAGACAGCGUCCCCUAGAGGCCUACUCUUAUUAGCCUGAUCCAGGAGUCCCAUUUCCCACCCAGCAAGCAUCACUUCUUGUUCAAAAAGGAAGUGCCGCCUUUACUGAAUACUAAGAGACAGUGGGGUGGGGGUUUUUGUGUGUUAUGUGAUGAGAGAGGAAAGGUUACAUGAAUGUUAGCUGCUACUCUGUGUUGGGUGUGACACAGUAUGUUGUUUAUGUAGUUUGUUUAUGUAUCUCUGUCAAGCCUUCUCACCUCGCGUUUGAUCCUUCUGUCUUCACUGUGUGGUUCCAACUAGAGCCUACACGAUUAGAUAUCAGCUCACUGAUCAAAUAAGUAACUCAUCUCACAUCUUUGACCGAAAAAUGCAACCUGGUGAGCACAGAUCAGAGGUGCAUAUCCUAUGUAGUCAGUAGCUGACUGUAGGUAGCUGGUUACACUGUUUUUUACAGCUCCAGCCACUUUCAAAGUCAGUCUAGAGGAAGCAAUAAGGAUUCUCAUGGAACGAAUUUCUGGGAGUACGUCCUGUACAGCAAGGAUAAUCAAGUUUUUGUGUGUUUGUAUGUCGUAUGUGUGUGUGUGUGUGUGUGUGUGUUCAUGGGGAAACAAGCCAUAAGCAGUGGCAUCUUAGUGUUUACUGCUCCAGAACAGUUUGGACUACUAAUACAUCCUGUACUAUGGUUUGUUUUAACGGUAUUUCUCUCAUUGCCUUCAUCGUACAAUAUUUGUUUCUGAAAGACACAGUAUCAGUUGAAGCUCUUAGAUGCGUGCUGUUUAUUUUCUUUACUUAGGCAUGAGAACCUGUAACUAUGUUUGCCACUUUUCGUAUAGUGGUACCGGUGCAGGGUCAUACUGAGCAUGUGCAAUAAGAACUACUGUACCAACCAGCCUAAACUUUGACCUUUGACACUGUAAACCUAGUGUUACCCUGAUGACGGGAGACAGACCGACUGUGCAAUAAUCUUACAGGACUUUCGUACCCAGACGGACUGAUGGCUAGUGUCAGCACUGAGGGAGCAAAAGUAUUCAAGGAGGGGAAAAAAGUGUGUAUUUGACACAGGCAUUGCUGAUACUGCCAAACGUCUGACUGUGUGUGUGUGUGUGUGUGUGUGUGUGUGUGUGUGUGUGUGUGUGUGUAUAUGUGUUUGUGACCCCAUGAGAGUAUUGUGUUUAUAUUUGUCUAAUAUUGCCCAUCAUUAGAAAUGAUUGAUGUUCAUCCCUCUUACUUGGUCUUUUUUUAUACUGUUAAAUAACUGGUCCAAUUUAGAUUUUUUUUUUUUUCUAUUGAAAAUUCUAUUAGCACUUCCCUUAGGUGGACCAUGCGUUGCUGAAUCUUGACUUACCCAAACUAUUUUUAUUUAUGAAAUAUGACCUUUACAGUGUGACCUUUUUAGGUCUGGAUAGAAGAGAACCAAAGUGGAGCACACACAGUAAAAAUGUCUUGAAUACAAAAUGCUUACACACAGAGAGUGUAUGUGUGUGUGUAUGUGCAUGUUGUAUCUCUUUCCAAAGACUAGGUGAAGGGGUUUUAACUAGCUGUUGGUGUUUGCUUUAAACAAUAAGAUAUGUUGUUGUCGGGUGACUGGGUAGCAAUCCUUUGAGUUAACGUCCACGUCUCUGAUGUGCCAAGUGUCUGACCGCUUGUCUUCCUGUCUGUCUGAUGUCUCUACUCUAAAUCAUUAAAUGGCCUGUGUGAUUAGACACUCUUAUAGAGAAAUUAUGUUAGAAUAGAUCAGCAAAAAGCUAAUGCGGACAUUGUCCACACACCCAAACAUAACUGGCCAUAUACACCAGCUCCCGAAUCUACACCUCCUCUAGCUGUGCCCAACAGGUGCCAAAAUGGCCACACAGUGGACCCCAGUUAGCAAACCAGCAUGAGGGCCAGGCCUUUCUUCUCAAUGUCUUUAUGAGGUCUCUCUUAUGUGUUUUACUUGUGAAAGUAACAAGUAAAGAAAAAAAAAGACCAAAGCGACGGACAAAUCAAGUGUACAGCCAUGUUGUGUGUCACCUCUGGUGGUAACUGCACUGAGGGUAGAUCUGUAGAUGCUGGGGCUUGUAUGAUAGUGUACAUAUCAGUGGAACCUGAUGGCUGAGGUGGCUGUUGCGGGAGCUGAGUGGACUGAGGAGUAAAUGGAUGCAGUGUACAGUAUGUCUAUGCAUGUGUGCUUCAAGAGGGGCACCGCAGCUUUUAAUAAAAAAGGGAAUACGAAUGGAAAA